AUGCACCCAGAACGAGCUAGAGGUAUCCUGAUCUCCUGGUAUUAUCUUGAGAUCCGAACUAUCAUCCAACUUGGUAUUCUAACUGUCACAGUUAUCAUCCUCAUCAUCAUUCUUGACAGCCAGAUACGAGUCCUUCCAGCUUCGAUACAUGACCACCUACCAUCCCAUCACCCCGGCCUCGUCCUUACAGAACUUACGAUAGCAACUUGUUCCACCUUAAAUGUGUUUUCAAGUUGCACCUUAGACCCGAAAAUAUGGCAUCGCAUCGAAAAGGAUCUAUAUCUUGGUCAGGGGUGGACCUCGAAAGCAUACUUGCAUGUGCAGCGAAAGAAGGGGACAGAGCUUCUUCCAACGGAUAAGAUUGUUGUUGACCUAAAAAUGGGCAGGCUGGACCCUGGUGCCGGAACUGAUAAAAAAUGGGAAUCAAGGCCUGGAGGUAUUUGGAUACUGAGGCAACCACACUCAAUCGAUUCGCAAAAGUCCAUUACAUCUGUAGAUGUUUUGUUUGGUCCGGAUGCUGUUGACCCUCGGCCUAACUGGGAGUUAAAGGAUAUUCCCCUCCUGUUAGAUUCUAAGAGCGAGGCAAGGUUGACCAUAAGGCGAGGGCAGGGCGGGAAGAUUGAACAACCAGUCCCGAGAAUUAGAAAAGAUGGAAAAUUUAAAAUUAUGCAAGCCGCUGAUUUACACCUGGCUACGGGCCUUGGGCAUUGUCGGGAUCCGGUUCCAAAGGUAGAUGAGGAUAAAUGCGAGGCAGAUCCUAGGACACUGGAGUUUAUUGAUAAGCUACUGGAUGAAGAAAAGCCAGAUCUGGUGGUGUUAAGCGGCGAUCAGGUCAAUGGCGACACGGCACCGGAUACCGAAACAGCAAUAUACAAAUUUGCCGAUCUUUUCAUCAAGCAUAAAAUUCCGUAUGCUGCUAUAUUCGGGAAUCAUGAUGACGAAGGAAACCUUGAUCGGCGUUCACAAAUGGCUCUCAUGCAACAUCUACCCUACAGUCUCUCUAAACCAGGGCCUGAAGAAAUAGACGGCGUUGGAAAUUAUAUUGUGGAAGUCCUCGGAAAAGGGUCAUCUUCUGCUUCAGCACUAACGCUUUACCUCCUCGACACCCACAAAUAUACUCCUGAUGAGAGAAAAUAUCCUGGAUACGACUGGCUGAAACGAAGUCAGAUAAAGUGGUUUAGGUCAACAGCUGAAGGACUUCGAACGGCACAUAAAAAAUAUACACACAUCCACAUGAACUUAGCAUUCAUCCAUAUCCCUUUGCCGGAAUAUCGAAACACCGAAAACUUCUUUGCCGGAAACUGGACUGAGCCGCCAACAGCUCCUACUUAUAAUUCCGGAUUUAAAGAUGCUUUAGUGGAGGAGAAUGUGGUCAUUGUCAGUUGUGGACAUGACCACGUAAACGACUAUUGCAUGCUUGAGAAAGAUAAAAAUGGUCAACCAGCACUAUGGAUGUGCUAUGGUGGUGGUGCUGGAUUUGGUGGAUACGGCGGAUACAAUGACUACGUCCGCCGUAUUAGGUUCUUUGAUAUCGACAUGAAUGAGGCUCGAAUUAUGUCGUAUAAGCGACUUGAAUGGGGUAGAACUCAAGAACGAAUCGAUGAAACCAUGCUAGUCGAUGCCGGUAGAACAGUUGGACCAGGCAAUUGA